GAAGCUGCAGCUCCAGCCUGGCCACGGGAGAUAAGCGAGGUUCCCUGGAGCCCGUGUGCAAGUCACUGUCCUGAGGAGGCGGCUCCAGCUCCACGAGUCUCCAUUAGGAAAAGCCAGGGCUGGCGGAGGAAGCGGGGAGAGCGACCUUCACCCUCGCCACAUUCUGCACCUGUGCCCCAGGCUCCCACGGCCUCCCUUCGUGGCCACAGAGCUCAGGCCGGGGCUGAGGAACAAUGUCUCCAUCCCUGCCCACCCUCUUCUGUCUUGGGCUGUGUCUGGGGCAGGUGCGCGCGCAGAGCGGAGCACUCCCCAAGCCCAGCCUGCAGGCCGUGCCCAGCUCCCUGGUGCCCCUGGAGAAGUCGGUGACCAUCCGGUGCCGCGGGCCUCCGGGCGUGGAUUUGUAUCGCCUAGAGAAGCUGAGGUCCGGCAAGUACCAGGACCAGGCCUUCCUCUUCAUCCCGGCCAUGAGGAGAGAGCACGCCGGCCUCUAUCGCUGCUCCUACCAGAACGCCGGCCAUUGGUCCCCGCCGAGCGACCAGCUGGAGCUGGUGGCUACUGGAGUUUACAGCAAGCCUUCACUCUUAGCCCAGCCCAGCCCGGCAGUGUCCCCAGGAGGGGACGUGACCCUACAGUGUCAGACUCCAUAUGGCUUUGACCAAUUUGCUCUGUACAAGGAGGGGGAUCCUGAGCCCUACAAGAAUCCCGAGGUGUGGUACCGGGCCAGUUUCCCCAUCGUCACCGUGACUGCUGCCCACAGUGGAACCUACCGAUGCUACAGCUUUUCCAGCUCAAACCCGUACGAGUGGUCGGCCCCCAGCGACCCCCUGGAGCUCGUGGUCACAGGAACCUCUGUUUUCCCAGGAACCUCUGUGACCCCUAGCCAGUUACCAGCAGGACCACCUUCCUCCGUAACAGAAGCCUCCAGGAAACAGAGCGUGUCACCCACGAGCAAAGUCUCUACAACCGAGGCUUCUAGGAAUAUCACCACCAGUACCGAGGAGUCAGGCUCUCCAAUCGCCCCUGCCCGGCUGCACUACACCAAGGGCAACCUGGCGCAGAUAUGCCUUGGCGCUGUGAUCCUCAUAUUCCUGGCGGGGAUUCUGGCAGAGGAUUGGCACAGCCGGAGGAGACCCCUGCUGCACAGGGUCCGAGCUGUGCAGAGGCCACUCCCACCCCUCCCCCAGACCCAGGGAUCACACGGCUGUCCGGACAGAAGUUGACCAGAUGCUUGUCACCAGGGGUUACAUUCAUAACCGUCAGCGCUCCAGAGAUGGCUGGACCCGAGAGAUGGAUAUGGAUGUGUGUGGAGUGUGUGGAGCAAGAGGGAGGAGGGCAGAGGCUCUGGC